GAGAUGCUCCAGUCCCUUCAUCAUCUUCGUAGCCCUCCGUUGGACUCGCUCUAAUAGCUCCGUGUCUCUCUUGUAUUGAGAAGCCCAGAACUGGACACAGUACUGCAGAUGUGGCCUCAUCAGGGCUGAGUAGAGGGGAAGGAUGAUGGACCAGGGCAAGGACAUCUGCUACUUCCUUCUCCGUGCCCUGAAGGUCAAGAUAAAGGAAGAGUCAGUCUUGCUGAGUAACGUUCAGUCUUUGGAACUUUCCUUCCUUCCUUUUUUUCCUUCCUUCUUUGGUGGAAGGAACAUUCGUUCCUUCCUGGCCUUGGUUGGGAAUAACCUGAAUUGUCUCCAUUAAUAUCUCCCUUGUUCCUGCAGGCCCUAUCUGCUGUAGCAAGCAAUUCCAUUUUUAUUCUAAGCACAUGGCCAGUGCAUUGCUUGGAAGCGCUUGUAAAACUGACCUCCUUCUCCAGUUGGUUUGGUCACAAGAAGUAAUAAAUAGCAGUUGUAGCAUGUGAUUUUGCCCAAGUCCAGUCACUUAGAAGGUUGUUGCUGUUUUUGGUCUGUCUUGCUAUAAGUCUCUCAAUUUAUUACCUUACUCAGGAAGGAUUGUUUCUUGCAUCUGUAUCUUACAGCAGUUCCCACAGAGUCUGCCACGUUUCUCUAGUAUGUUUUCCUUGUAAAGGAGAGAACCUGGAGCUUGUGUGAGAGGGCUGUUGAGAGCUUGUGAAGCUGAAAUUGCCUGACACCCAAACUGUGACAGUGCAAGCAGGAGCACCUGGUGCUUUUCCUGCUUUGCUCCACUACUGUGCAUUCCUUUCUUUGCAAGGGAGCAAUGGGACCUGAAGGGCAGUUUCUAGCUUCUGAGUUUUAGGAAAGAAGCAGUUUGGUAGCAGUUAGGACAGUGUUGUUUUGGAGUGUAAGCAUCUGUCAGUUGGCUGCUGAGUUGAGGCUAGUUUUAAAAGGGUCACUGAGCCAGUUGGUGAGAAUCUGGGCCUGUAUCGUCAUGAUUUGGAAAAAGCUCGACCUUCUCAUACUGUGAGUCAGGAUUACGUGACAGUGGUUUUGAUGGUGAAGCUAGUUUAACACAUCCUGUUCUUGCCCUUUCUUCCCGCUCUGUUUCAUGACUGGGCAAUUACAGAUGUUUAUGCAGCUGCAUUAAAUCGGGUCACUGGUCACUAAAAUGAUUCGAGUUAAAAGUCGGCACCCCAAAAGUUAGCAGUAUUGAUGCAACAAAAGGGUUGUGACCUGCGACGGGGAGGGUCGUGAACUGGCUUUGCUACUGAAGCCAAAGUAUCCUGUAACUGCAUGCUCAGUGCAUCAGGCUGUCGCUUUGUUCCACCUUGUCAGUCAAAUAGUAGCCUUGAAAGCAAAAGGGCUCAAGCUUGGUUGUGGUCAGCAGAUCAGAAAAUGCAGUCUCAGAAUUAGACAUAUUCCUUCUUAUAUUAACUGGCGUGCUUUACAGGUAAAAAUAAUAAUUUUCUGUCUGCUGAAUAUGUUCAGUCAAGAAAUCUAAUCAACGUGCAAACUGGCCACUAAAGACUGGAUUUGAAGUUUGUCUGCCAGUGAUGCAUGAAGUAAAACAGAAUAGGGCUAGGCUCUUUGGGAACAACUGAGGGAUAGAUAAGUACAGCUGGCAGGAUGGAAACAUGGAUGAUACACAGCCUUAUCUUGACUGUUGGCUUUCAGGGAGGAGUAGUGUCAUUUGUCCAGCUGCAUCUAGGAGUAUGCAUGUGGCUCUGAUUCAUGUGUUAACUGCAGUCUUUCACUUGUGUUCAUCAUUUAAGUUUUGUACGUGAAAGGUUCCUAAAGCGAGGCUUCUGUCAAGAUAGUUACUGAAAAAUCCAUUCACCAGAAGGAACGAGCAGCUCCCGGGAGCCUGAGAAUAGAGCACUAGAAAGGAGUAACUCUCGUUAACCUACUUGGAGCAAGGGUAUAAUGGCUACAAUGGCCCAGAAGCACUUUCUGGAAGGGCAAACGUACUCAGUCCCCCUGAUCCAACCAGACUUGCGCAGGGAGGAGGCUGUUCCGCAGGUGGCAGAUGCUCUUCAGUAUCUGCAAAAGGUGUCAGCUGAUAUCUUCAACAGGAUCUCUCAGCGGGUGGAGGCCAGCCGGACACAGCUUCAGACAAUCAGUGAGAGAGUCACGCUUGCCCAAGCAAAGAUUGAGAAGAUAAAGGGCAGCAAGAAGGCUAUUAAGGUAUUUUCCAGUGCCAAGUAUCCUGCCCCAGAACGGCUGCAGGAGUAUAGCUCGAUUUUUGCUGGCGCAGAAGACCCAGCUAAACAGAAAUGGCCAAGACAUAAGAUUCAGAGCAAACAUCGAAUGCUGGAUGAGAAAUCUCUGCAGGAGAAGCUCAAGUACUUCCCCGUCUGUGUGAGCACCAAAAUUCACCAGGAGGAUGAUGCAGAAGAAGGUCUCGGCAGCCUCCCCAGGAACAUCAGCUCCCUCAGCUCCCUGCUGCUCUUCAACACUACGGAGAACCUGUACAAGAAGUAUGUCUUCCUGGAUCCUCUGGCUGGAGCAGUGACCAAGACCCAUGUAGCUCUGGAAACAGAGACAGAAGAGAAACUCUUUGAUGCUCCUCUCUCCAUCACCAAAAGGGGACAGCUGGACCGGCAGGUAGCUGAAAACUACUUCUAUGUGCCAGAUUUGGGCCAGGUGCCUGAGAUUGAUGUGCCAUCCUACCUGCCAGACCUGCCUGGCAUUGCUGCAGAUCUCAUGUACAGCGCUGAUCUGGGACCUGGCAUUGCACCGUCUGCCCCAAGCAGUGCUAUUCCAGAGUUGCCCACCUUCAACACCGAGUCAGUGGAGCCUUUGCAACCAGACCUUCAAGAUGCUGGGCUAUUGCCGCCUCCCCCACCGCCGCCUCCCCCACCGCCUCCUGUUAUGCCAACUACUGUGCCUCCUCCACCACCCCUGCCCCAGCCCACAGCGCCUUCUGAACCAGCCCAGCCAGCGAGUGAGGAGAACAGCAAGGCAGUGCCUGCAGCUCUGGUCCAAGGAGCCCCAAAGGAGGUGGUGAACCCCUCUACUGGGCGUGCCAGUCUCUUGGAGUCCAUUCGCCAGGCUGGUGGCAUCGGGAAGGCCAACCUCCGCAGUGUCAAGGAGAGGAAGCUGGAGAAGAAGAAGCAGAAGGAACAAGAACAAGUGAGAGCUACGGGACAAGGUGGAGACUUGAUGUCAGACCUCUUCAACAAACUGGUGCUGAGGCGCAAAGGUAUUUCAGGGAAAGGGCCAGGAGCCUCAGGAAAUCCCGAUGCUCCUGGAAGUCCUGCUGGUGCCUUUGCUCGUAUGUCAGACUCAAUACCACCCCUUCCACCCCCACAGCAGCCCCCGGGUGAGGAAGAUGAGGAUGACUGGGAGUCAUAGAUGGUAUCAGUUGUGCGUAAUCCAUCAGCAUGAGUCCCAUGACUCUUGAACUAAGCACCUCUGAGACAGACUGGCCCAUGGAAAUAUUCCCUGGAGAGUGGGCACUGACAUGGCAGAGGGACCCUGUUAUUUCUUCUUAAAGAUGACCUCGAGCAGCAGGAGCUAACCACUGCUGAAUGCAGUUAUCAAGGAGCGUUACUUCUGCUCUGUUUGCUCUUCCCCACCCCCAGCAUUCCAUCUCAAAUGCUGCUGCUGCUCACACUGGCUCAAUAAAUCCUGCCUUAGCUGGAGGGCAGUGAGGUGGCUUGUGCUCAGAGGAUCAGAACUAGCAUCUCUCCUGAUUUGAGAGGCCUUCAGUCUUUCCUAAUGUGAUGGGUGAUUACUGCAAGAGCAUCUCUUGCAGGCAAACAGCCUUUGCCUCAUCCCUCUCCAUGCUGUUUGCUUGUUGAAGCUCUUGUUUGCUUGGUUGUUGCUGAGUGUGAAUUCUUUUAAGAUAAGCUGGAUGAUGAACAGUGUAUGCAUGUAUGUCUUUCUGCUCCUUCAUUUGGGGGGGGAUCUAAUUACUGGUGCCCCAGCCCUUAAGAGUCUUCGUACUUGGCUUAUGGCAGUUCUCUGCUGGUUGGUUUCUGAAAAAAAUUGCAAUAAACGCAAGGAAGCCGG